UCUCAGCUUUUAAGCGACCUCAAAAACGUUUUGAAAGACGUCCAUGUGUCAAAAGCUUCAUGGUUGAAGACAUUUUAAGGAAAGAAGAGCCAGGGAAAAGAGGAGACCCUCGAAAAAUGCCAUGUUCGUUUAGCGCUCCUGUUUGGAGCGGCUUCACAGAACCAGGCUGCUUCCGUGAAGACAUCGACUUCUCGUCAUCUGAACUAAGCCAAGGCAGGACCGCUGUCAUUUGUCCAGUUCCAAAAUAUUUCCGCGCCAUUUUAGACGAGAGCCGUCGGUUCCGAAGAACACGCACAGUGUUCACACGUGAACAGCUCAAGGCUAUGGAGGAGCGGUUUCAUCAGGAGAAAUAUCUCUCGACUCACGGUAGGAACGAAUUUGCUCAUCAGCUGAAACUGACGCCUCUGCAAGUCAAGACCUGGUUCCAGAAUCGUCGAAUGAAAUGGAAGAAAGAAAUGUUGAAGAAAGAUCCAAACGCAGUCACUACACGAUCGAAAGGCCGCCCGAAAAAGGACGAGUUUUGAUGCAGUGGUACAAUGGAAAACACAAGGAUUUUGAGGAAGGAUAACUAUUAAAGUUGUCGUUCAAGAGAAUAAAAUUGUACAAUGUCCGUCCUCGUUACUGCUUGCCCUCUAAAGUCGACAGUCCAGAGAAAAUUUGAUUUUUAGUGAAAAUUUUGCUUUGGGAACUUCGACGUGUUGGGUUCUUUGGUCGCUUAGUGUUGAGUUAUGUACGUUUACCAGAAAAAGUCCUUCUUUGAGAUAAACCAUCGACAAACCGUCGACAAAUAUAAGCAAAAUUAAUACUUCAAUCGAGAAACAGUCUUUAAAUCUUUUUAGUUUUUUUAUUUUAAUAUGUAACAAAUAUCUCCCCUUAAAAAAAAAAAAACUGUACAUUUUCCAAGUAGAUAACUGAAGUUAUGUAGAUUUAUACAGACUUUUGUGAUCAUUAUUCAAGCUUCCCUACGAGCGCAAUUGCUUUUGGAAGUAGUUCACUUGUUUAGUAACUUUGUGAUAAUUUAUGAUACAAAUCAGUAGUGUUCGUGUGUGAAAAUAAAAAAGUCAGCCGAGAACAUAAAAGCUUGAAUUACCAAACUGUAUUUAAUGGCAUGUUUCA